CGACCUUGACACUAAUAUUGUUGAAAAAUGGCGGACAAAUGGUUUUCUGGAAGUGGAAAAAAGGUUGCUUUUGGUAUUGCAGCUGGUGGCGCUGUGGCUGCAACUGCAUUUGCACUGUACAAAUUGUAUAGAAAUCACGUGGGGGAAGCAUUGUGUGAUGAAGGUUUUGUUGACAACCCAAAGCUUGAAGAAAUCCCAGAAAAACGAAUAUUAGUGUUGGGCCUUGAUGGAGCUGGAAAGAGCAGCUUUUUAGCCUGUUUGAGCAACCAGGAUAACAAAUCUUCUCCUUUACCAACUGAUGGUUUCAAUGUGAUAUGCUUACAGACAGAAAAAGUAGCUCUUGAUAUAUGGGAAAUUGGGGGAGGAGAGACUGUUAGAAAAUAUUGGCCAAAUUUCCUGCAAGAUACUGAUCUCCUUGUUUAUAUGGUGGACUCAUCCAAUGAAGCAAGGUUUCCAGAGGCUUAUACAGAACUCCACAUUCUUUUAGGAGAUGAGAGACUGAAAAAAGUACCAAUUUUGAUUCUCGCCAACAAACAGGAUGUACCCAAUGCUUUCUCUCCACAAAAAGUGAUGGAUGCAUUAGGAUUAUCAAAUAUGUCUACAAAGGAACAUAAUAGCUAUUUCCUGGGUCUACAAGUGCCACCCUUAGGGCAGAAAGUAGGCGUUAAAGAUGCAGAAAAACUUAUGGCCAGAUUAUGUGAACGCUAAUUCUUUUAUUUCAUUAAUGAUGUACUGAACAUGCACCCAAAAUGCAGGAAUGGUUGCCACAAGUCAAAACAGAACACCAAGAACACAAAAUGAAAUACACAUACCUGUAUCGACUUUUGUUUAUUUUCUGUGACAGAAGUAAAAACUGUUUUUUGGACAGUGUGCUCACUGCUUUCAAAAAUGGCAUCCCACAGUAAGUGAAAUUUAAUCUGAAUACUUGUAAAUGUCCUUAUUGUAUAAUUUAUGUGCAAGUGUUAUAAAUGUAGAUUUAAUGUAGACAAAGGAUUUAACUGUUCAAUUAUGUAUUAUAUGUGAAUAACUGAUUGGCAUAUAUCUAAUAAGUGUUUGUUGUAUGUUCUCUUAUGUUUGUAUAGAAUAGCUUACCAAGUGUGUGAACUUGUACAUAUUUAAAUCUUUAUCAUAUUUGAGAUUAUUAUUGAGCUGUGAAAAGCAAUGAAUACAGAUACAUGCAAGCAAGAAAUGUUUCCAAAUGCAAAGUGCAGCUGGUCAGGUACUACUGUAAGUGUAUAGGAAGUCAGUGUGCUUGCUUAAGUCCUAAUUACACUUUAAUUUAAAGUUUAAUCACACUAAAAGUUUUGUCACAGAAGUGAUAUAUUAGUGCAACACUUCUUUGUCUUCUUAUGAAACCAAACAUAAUAAGAUCAAACACUGGUGAGAUUACUCCUAGAAAAUAUCAGGGAUACGAUUAAUUAAGGGUGCAACUUCAUUGUCAUAUAUAUAAUGAGGUUAUAUAUCGCACUAAUAUGAAGGCAAAUUAAAGAAAAAAACAGUGAGAUUAUUUUUAAUUAAAAGUUGCUGUUUGUUAACUUGAGAUCUAUGCUAAUCAGUUUUUAUUUAGCAUGUUCUUAGCUAAACAACUUAAGUGUAUACAUUGAGAGAUAUGGAAACGCUGUGUUCAUUAAUUAUGUUUUCAAAAUGCUAUUGCAAUGUAGAUCAUUUAAGAUGCAUCCACCACUUGAAUUGUCUUUAGCAGAUACAUGGAGUCAUAUAAAUUGUCAUAUCUAUUUUUAUUAUAAAUUUUUUCAGCAAUUGGACAAAAUGUCCUUCAUUGUUGAAAAGAAAAUUUUGUCAUUUUAUGUUUCUCAGUAUGUUUAAUACUUUAUACACAGACACUGUGUGUGUGUGUCUGUAUAUAUUCUGAUCACAUUGAGCACAUUCCGAACAGCAGACUAACAGAUCUGCAGAUCAAAUAUGGUGACCCACAAAAAAGUUUGCCACUUAAUUCCCGCUUAGACACUGAAUAGAUUCCUCACCGGGAUUAUGCAACAAGCUGAUAUACUUGUGAUUUAAUGCCUUAAAAUGAAUUUUUGGUUUUCUCAACUUUUCAUUGAAAUAGCAACUAUGAAAUCAAUCAAUUCAAUUUCAUUCAAUCUAAUUUCCAGAAGUCUAUAAGGUUGUUAUAUUACAUGUUGUGUCCUGAAUAAUAUAGAUGUGUGUUUAAUGUUUUCAGGAUGUAUACAUGUACUUAUACAGUAUAAUCUAAUACUUAUAUAAUAUAACUUAUAUAGUCAGUUUUUAAGGUCAAGUUAAGUUACCCAACUACCAGACUCGGGGACUGAAUGAUCCUGAAUUUAACAGUGUAUCGGACCACACUACCC